AUGGCGAGUGAGACGGCCCCGCGGGAAUUCACCCCGCCACCGAUCCAAGCGCCCAGCGCGAAAGAGAAGAAGUAUGACCGCCAACUUCGUCUGUGGGCCGCAUCGGGUCAGCGUGCGCUUGAGGACUCACACGUGCUCUUGGUUGUUGGUGAAGACACAAAUGGGUCCAAUAGCUCGGUAGCAGGUGCUGAAACUCUCAAGAACCUCAUUCUUCCGGGCAUUGGCAGCUUCACCAUCGCGGACGCCGCCACGGUACAAGAUGCUGACCUGGGCAUCAACUUCUUCCUGGAACCUGAGAGUCUCAAAGAAUCAAGAGCAAAAGAGACUGCGAGAUUGCUGCAAGAGCUCAACCCAGAUGUAACAGGCCACUCCAUCUCAGAGCCGCUGUCCGAAUGGCUCCCGCGGCCAGACUCCCUCAAGCCGUACAAUCUCAUCAUCCUCUGCGGGCCCGUUGCUCAAGAUAUACUACAGAGAUUCUGCAACUAUGCUUCGUCAGCUAGUAUUCCUCUGAUCUACAUACAGUCUGCUGGCUUCUACUCCAGCUUCUCGAUCCAGCUCCCGCCCGAGUUUCCCAUUGUUGACACCCAUCCCGAUCCCGAUAGCACGCAAGAUCUUCGCCUCUUGAAGCCGUGGCCAGAGCUGAAGCAAACUGUGGAGAAACUAGGGAAUAUCAAAGACAUGUCUGACCACGACCACGGCCACAUUCCAUACCUUUUACUGCUGCUUUACUACCUCGAGGAGUGGAGAUCUACCCAUGAUGGCCAGCUCCCUUCCACAUUUCAAGACAAAACUGCCUUCCGAGAACUUGUCAGCUCACAUAGCCGUCGCGACAACCCUGAAGGUGGUGAGGAGAACUUUGACGAAGCUGCUGCAGCGGUCCUCAAAUCAAUUUCGGACCCUCCAAUUGGCAGCGGCUGUAAAGAUAUGUUUAAGAUGGAAUCUUGUGAGAAGGUUACAGCGUCCUCGCCCAACUUCUGGCUCAUUGCCAAUGCACUUCGCACAUUCUUCAACGUGCACGGCGAGCUUCCUCUUCCCGGUUCCGUUCCCGAUAUGAAGGCUACCAGCGAUGGCUACAUCAGAUUGCAGAACAUCUACAAGUCGAAGGCGCGCGCAGAUGUGGCCGAGGUGACAGCCACUGUCCGCGAGCUGGAGGAUUCGCUGUCACGUUCAUCAUUAGUUGAAGUGUCCGAGAUUGAGUCUUUCUGCAAGAAUGCCAGUCACGUUCGAGUCCUUACCAAUCCCUCGAACCUUGCAGUACCUAGCCUCCGAUUCAUGAGCAAGGAUGUCAAGACCGUUGCUUCGCUCAGGAACGCCGCAGAAAUGGACUGGGAGAACAUGUUACCAAUCUUUGUCGCACUAAAUCAUGAGCACCUUGACGCAGCUAAUCUGUUCGAGGAUGAGGAAAAGAAAGAAGCGAUCGAGCGUUGUGUGGCAGAGUUAAUGCGGGCUCAAGGCGGCGAGAUGCAUAAUAUCAGCAGUGUUACGGGAGGAAUGGUGGCGCAGGAGGCGAUAAAGCUGCUGACGAGACAGUAUGUACCGGUGGAUAGCGUGAGUGUGUUUGAUGGUAUUAGAAGUAAGGUCCAGGUAUUCAAGAUCUGA